UUUUAUCCGAAGAUUCGACUUGGUGUUCACAGCAUAUUGAGGCGGUACCCACUUGGUGCCCAACAAGGUGGUUGAGUCAAGGGAAGAUUGUUUUUUUCAGAUUGUCAGAAAUGGAAAAGGAAAUUGUAUUUAUUGGAGACGUUGAAAAGAGUGAACUGACUACAUUUUUUCGAGAUAACGCAAACUAUGUCGUUUCAAGUUAUCUUGUUGAUACUUUAAAUACACUUUGCGACCUCAAUCAAUCUUUGCAAGGAACGAAUGCAUUUAUGUUUCAUGAAAUGGGUGUUAUAAGGAAUUUUUAUAUGGAAUUGAGAAACAAAGUCGUGAAAAUAAGUCAAUACAAUUUUUCUUCUUUCGAAACCAUAAAAGACUUGAAGUUCGAACCAGACUGUUUCAUUCAUGAUUUCAUUGACAUCAUUCUUACCAUUAUAUAUGGCAUGGAAUUCCGUUUUCCAUAUGUAAAAUGUUCGUCCUUUGAUCAUUGUUUAGAGAUGAAAUUCUCGGAAAUUGAACAAAAAAGUUUAUUUGCUUUAUUUUUUGAAGAGUAUGUUGAAACAUCAAAGAUGUUGCCUAAAGAAUAUACUCAAUUUAAAGACGACAUUGAUAUCAUUAAAAAAAUAAGAAACACCAAAGUUGUUGAUGUAAAGAAUGUGAAUGGGUUUCCAGAUCUAUUGGCAUAUAAAGAUAUGAUAAAUAGAAACGGGGAACUGUGGAAAUUUACUCUCUAUAUCAUGUCGAUAUUCCCGACAAGUGUUAUAUCCGAAUCAACAUUUUCUAUUGCAAAAUAUACUUGGAGACCCAAUAUAAAACAAAACACUUUUAACCUUAGGAAGUCACUCGUUUUUGUUGAAUUUUUUUUGCUGGAAAGGGAAAACUGGAUAUUUUCUAUCCAGAUCUUUUUGUAA